GUUUUUUACGACAUUCUAUUUUAGCACACGAUUCUGCUAAAACUUUUCUUUACUUCGAUCCACCACCAUGCCCAUGCUAGCCGACCCUUCCCAAAAGUACAGGCCGUACACCCCAUUGAACCUCAAAGAUCGUCAAUGGCCGUCGAAAACGUUCACCAAGGCUCCCAGUUGGCUGUCGACCGAUCUUCGGGAUGGUAACCAGGCCCUGGCCAACCCGAUGACCAUCGAGCAGAAGACGACUUUCUUUAGGGAGAUCGUUAAAUGUGGUGUCAAGGAGGUCGAGGUCGCAUACCCUGCUGCUAGCGACACUGAUUUCUCCUUCGUACGAGGUCUCAUCGAAAACAACGAAAUUCCCGACGACGUAUGGAUACAAGUCCUGACACCAGCCCGGGAAGACUUGAUAAAACGCACGAUUGACGCGGUCGCCGGAUGCAAGCACGCCAUUCUCCACAUGUAUAAUGCAACGUCCCCCUUGUUCCGAAAUGUCGUAUUUCGCAAUUCAAAGGAACAGACCAUCGAACUUGCCGUUACUCACACCAAGAUCGUCAAACAGCUGACAGAAGAGUGCACCGCAAAAUAUGGAACCAAGUUUCGCUACGAAUACAGUCCGGAGACAUUUACGCAAACAGAACCGGAUUUUGCAGUGGAGAUUUGUGAAGUCGUCAAAGCUGCAUGGGGAAAGGCCGGUACAGAUUUCGAGGACAAGAUCAUCUUCAAUCUUCCAUCAACAGUGGAGAUCGCCCCCCCAAAUCACUACGCCGAUCAGAUUGAAUAUUUCUGCAGCAAAAUAUCCGAGCGAGAGAAGAUUCUGGUCAGUCUGCAUCCCCAUAACGAUCGAGGCACUGGAAUUGCAUCGGCCGAACUUGGUUUCUUAGCUGGUGGUGACCGUAUCGAGGGCUGCUUCUUCGGUAAUGGAGAGCGAACGGGGAAUGUCGACCUCGUUAACCUCGCCCUUAACUUGUACUCCCAAGGGAUCCAUCCCAAUCUCGACUUCAGUGACCUACAAACUGCCAUCGAUGUUGUUACCCAAUGCAACGACCUCCCUGUUCAUCCAAGACAUCCCUAUGCUGGUGAACUCGUUUUCACUGCAUUCUCCGGGUCACAUCAGGAUGCCAUCAAAAAGGGGCUGGAAGCCCAGAAAAUACGACACGCGGACGCCGCAGCGAAGGGUGAACCCCAGUAUUGGGAGGUGCCGUACCUACCGGUUGACCCUGCAGACUUGGGCAUGACCUACGAAGCUCUGAUUCGUGUCAACUCGCAAUCCGGCAAAGGCGGUAUCGCCUACCUCAUCAAACAGAAUCUCCAGCUCGACCUGCCCAGGAAACUGCAAAUAGCGUUCUACCAGGUCGUCCAAGAGGUCUCCGACCGCGAAGCACGCGAGAUGACCGUGGAUGAUAUAACCACCGCAUUCCGAAAUGCGUACCACUAUGGCGGAUCUAAAUACAAAGGCCGUUUGUACCUACGGAACUUCAAAAUUUCCACCGAGCCCAAUCCAGAUCCUUCCGAUCACUCUGGAGAUGAAGCUGAGGUGCGUAAACGGUUCGAUGGUACUAUAUCUGUCGACGGCGUCCUACGCGUAGUGCGGGGUGACGGUAACGGACCCUUAUCCGCUAUCCUCGACGCUCUCCACACUUACCUACACAUCGACCUUUCCGUCCGCGAAUACACCGAACACACCUUAGACAUCGAAGAGGGCCAAAAUGCCCGUGCAGCCUCUUACAUAGAGCUCGUCCCCGCCGGCGACCGCAAAUCCGCACAAUCAUGGUGGGGUGUCGGUGUCGACUCUGAUAUCUCAGGCGCUGGUUUACGCGCAGUGAUCAGCGCGGUGAACAACGCUAUUGGGGAUCGUGAGCUUCCCGAGCUCAAGUUGACGGUCGGGUUCAACGCCAAGUCAGGUCAGGAAGACGUAGCAAGUGUUAUCGUCAACUCUCUCGGCUUAGAGCUCCCGCGGAGAUUCCAGGCUUCGUUUUUCGAAGUCGUGCAACGUGCAGCGAGGGAUGCAGGCGAAAUUUCUGUGGGGGCCUUGACAGAGCUCUUCAAGACGACAUAUGAUUAUGACGUCCUGACGCCGUCCCCCAAAUUCUCUGUGAAUACGUUCAAUCUCGAACACGUUGACGCGACCAAGCGCGUGUUGACGGGAGACUUUGUUCUAUUUGGCUCUCAGAGGAAGAUCAGAGGGGAGGGUAAUGGGCCUUUAUCGUCCUCUGUCAGUGCGCUACACUCUCACGUUGAAGGUACGCUAACUAUCCGGGAAUACUCGGAGCAUUCGAUUGGAGAGGGCGCUGAAGUCGUUGCUGCGUCGUACGUAGAGCUCUUGUAUGAACUGCCGGGAGAGAAGAAGAGGAGCUCAUGGGGUGUUGCAACGGAUGCUGAUAUCACGGCUUCCGGUAUCAAAGCAGUUCUCAGCGCGGCUGGAAGGCUGCAGCUGGUACCCAAAAAGGUUGUCAAUGGCCAUUGAGGGUGGGUUGAUAGGAGAAGUUGAAUAUUUGUGUAUUUCUUGCAUAUAAGACAAGAGCGCGCUCGAAUGACUAGCGCCAGGAACUUCAUUUUUCGUAAUAAAAUCAAACAUAAAGGCAACUCUCUGACAACGAUGAUAUUACAUGCAGGGUCAUUGGAAAAAAAAAAAAGGUAAAACCGCGUGUACAAAUUAUUUACUACAUAUCCGAAGUACUUGAACAUUAUGGGUAUC